UUUACAUGCGAUUUACAGUUUCGCUGAACGUAUCACAAAUUGAACUGGUGAGUGUAUAUAACCAUGGAAGCUUUAGAGGAACAGCUUUCUCAUCUUCACCUAGCCAGACGAUGUGCUGUGAAAGAUAAGCAGACUUAUGUGGUUGACAUUGAUUUAUCAAAACCUACAGAGGGAGAAAAUGAUGAAAAAAUUGCAAUUUUAUGCUCAAAUAAAUCAGUUCAAUUAUAUGAUAAGGGAACUAUGACUUUUAUUCGAGAAUAUAAUGGGCAUCCUGGGGUUCUUAGUGAAGUAAAAUUCUCUCACUCAAAUAGACUUAUAUUAUCUUCAGCAUGCAGUGAUGGUACAGUAAAAAGUUGGGACACAAGGGUGUCUGGAACAGAUGCUAUUCAAAUAUUUACUGGUUAUCCCUCCAAUGCCUUCAUCAGCUUUGACAUAAGUUGCAAUGAUUUUGUUGUUUGUGCUGGUACAGAAAAAGUUGAAGAGGAUGCCUUUCUAGUUUUUUGGGAUGCCAGGUACAAUUCUGAAAACAAGUCUGCACGCCAAGAUCCGCUUGGAGUUUAUGCAGAGUCUCAUUUUGAUGACAUCACCAAAGUGUGCUUUCAUCCCACAAAUCCAAGCAUGGUAGCAUCCGGAUCCACUGAUGGACUUGUCAAUGUAUUUAAUAUCAGCAAAGAUAAUGAGGAUGAUGCUUUAGAUUCUACAUGCAACUCUGACUCUUCAGUAAGUUCCCUUGGAUGGGCAGGAAAAGAUUCGAAUCAGAUUUUUUGCCUCACACACGAUGAAGGUUUUUAUUGGUGGGACCUUGCUCAGAUAGACACCAACAAACCAAUUACCCUGUCCAAAAUUCAAGAUGUGAGAGAGGAAUUUGGCAUGCAUAAUGUUGACUACCUGAUUGGUGGUAUCUAUCAUAAAAAGGAAGAUACAUUGUUUCUUGUUGGAGGAUCUCACAGUGGCAAUGUUAACCUAUUAAAAUGUAGCAAUGAUGGAGUUAAGCACUUAAAAACCUUACAUGGUGGGCAUUCUGCUACCAUACGAUCUUUUUAUUGGGAUUUUGGAGAUGACUCACUUUUGACUGGUGGAGAAGAUGCUCAACUGCUAAUUUGGAAACAAGAAAGUCAGGGUGCAUCACCUCUAAAAAAAGACUCAAUGAAAAUUGCAUCAUCCGUGCAGCAGCGAGUACGAGUACACAAUAAGAAGUCCUACAGGACUAAAUAAAAAUGCCUGGAAUUGUUUUGAAGAUUUAUUUACAUUUUCUGUUUUUAUUAAGUGAUAGCUCAUGUUUUUAACACAAAGUAAUAAAAUUUGCUGUUACAGGUAACAGUUCAGCAAUA